CCAGAUUCAAUGAUGGCCCUAUACCCUGGUAGACAGUUGGGGAUGUUUAAAUUAGGUGACAGCCUUUACAGCGUCCUAAACGAGUUGAAGUAUCGUCCAAUCAUCUCAACCUCUUCAGUGACAGUACACGGUGAAUCGAACGACUGUAACAGCUCUAUUACAGCGCCCAUAAUAGUACGACUUAAUCCGAGCACUAUAGAUCUUCAUUUCGAGGGCACAACUCAGCGGUUAAGCACUAUGACGAUGUCAUUGCCCAGUAUCUCCUUUGACCUCACAUACGAAAAUGAUAUUAUUGUACCUAGGAAUGAUGCGCUCAGUAGGACAACAGCCGGUCAGCUUUUCGGCCCUUGUAGAAGCGAGAACCUCGACAGUUGGCCUGGGAUGUUGUGGACAUUCAACAACGGACAGUCAACAUCCGUAACCAUCUCUAGUACACCAACACCUACUCUUGAAGGUCAGCUAUCGCGCGUAUAUGUCAUUCCACACGAUAGCGUUUUGUUUAACUUUACUAAUGAUUCACCCGAAAUCGAAAUUAAGCUGGGUGUCUCACAUUCAACCGAUGUAGUCAGCGCUUUUGGUCCACCGGAAUCUACGUUUGAAAAGCGUGAUAGAAGACUGGAAGUGUAUGCUGGUAGCGAUGCAUCUGACUUAGCAAGGGGUGUUUUCUACAACUACCCCGCAUUAGGUUUCGAUGUAAUGCUCAAUACAGUUACCCAUAAAGUAGAGAAGUUGAUACUACAUUCAAACGUUCCCGCAACACCACUCUUUCAAGCAUACAAUAGGUGUCCUUGGCAAAUCAAUCUCACGAAAGAGCUCAGUCAACCUAUGGGGACUGCCAGCUCACAGGAAACGAAUGGAAGUACUAAUUCACAACAAUCAAAUGGCAGUAAUAAUAAGCAAACGAAGCGCAAUAAACACAAUAAAGUAUCGAAUGGUGAGAAAGUGGAUGUGAAGGUUGGUGAAGUACAGGAGACAAGUAUAACAUUUGUCGAUAAAAUCGAUUCUGUCAUUGCAAAACUCAACAAGAACGUUCAAAUAGAUAAGAUGGUGUUAGAUAGAGCACAUGAAGUUGGACUAAAAGAAUGGAACGAAGAUAUGGGUAUGAUGGAGCUCGUUAGUUUUGAUGUAUUAGGUGUGAUCAUGGAGGUCACAAAAUCAGGAGACGUCGCCAGCUUAUGCAUUCAUGAUAGGAAAUGAUAUAACGAUAGUAAUGACAAAGGUAUAUAAUGAAAUGUUGUAAUUGUAAGCGUUGGCUUAUAGUAGUUUUGAGAAGCUCCUAAAAUCCAGUAGUUGUAAUUGAUUAUCAUCAACAUUAGUCGGUAUCGAUAGUCUGAAUAGCCUACCAAACGUCGAUGCGAUGACAAUAACGUUGUUAGAUUCCCAAGAAAGAUUGAAUGACUCUUCAAAGUCGUCAAAUUGUGCAUAAUUCUGCGAUGAUGUGACAAAAGGAGAGUGCUUAGCGUGUCUAUCCAACAAAGGAAGGUGAAAUUGUGCAUUUGAUCUCUUCGGAGUGAAGUAUUUGUGUGAUAGGUAAGAAUAUGAAGAUGUAGGCUGUUUAGUUAAAUCCCAGAGGUGUAUCGUGCCUUUAUCAGAUAUUAACGCAAAGUGAAUUGAAUCAGGAGAGAAGGCUAUUGAAGAGGAGAAAAUUUUAGCUAAAUCAGAGCCUCUUCUUAGCUGAUGGAUAGCUUUACAGGAAUUUGUAUCCCAAAUCCUAACAACUGUUCCUGUUACUGAUGAGGUCGCAAAGAGACUGUUAUCAGAAGACAAAGCUAAAGCUGACAGUUUUGACGAGUGAGCUUGUAUGAACUUUGUUGAAGUGAGGUUGAUAGAGUGGGUUAUUAACUGUAGGUGGCCAAAUUUGUUACCGGCGGCCAGAGUUAUCAGGCGAUUGUUAUAGAAGUUAAUAGCUAAAGGACUAUUUGAAUGACAACUUGAGCUGAAAAGACGUUCAAUUGAGUAGUUAUUCGAUAAUCGGAAGAGGAAGAUAGUAUUAUCAAUAGAAAUGAUGACAAAUUCACCGGAGGUUUCAAUGUUGGAAAUGAAUUGAUUGAAUUCAAUGGUAGAUAUGACAAGUUGAGUGGUGACGUCAUAUAAAACCAACUUAUUAGGGGAAAAAGCGGAAUCAUGCUGGUUACCAAUCAAUAGUAAGCAAUUAGUAUUAUUGAAUAAUCUACUGUUUGAUAAUUUACCGUUUAGGUCGACUGACAGCAGGGUCUCCAAAGGCUGGCUGUUGAUGAUAGCCAAGUUGU